AUGCAUUCCUUUGAUUCUUCUUCUUCAUGUUCCGUCAUCUUUGUUGCACUUUUAUCUUUCUUUCUUACGCUUUCUCAUUCGUUAACAUUACAAUCAGACAUUGAAGCUCUUCAAUCCCUGAAACUUUCCGUUGAUCCAAACAUGAUCCCACCGUCAUCUUACCUCACAACGUGGGAUUUCUCGGUCGAUCCAUGCGAAACUUCCGGUUCGAAAUUUCUGGGAAUUUUAUGCUCUCUCCCUCGAGGCAAUUCAACAAGCCGAAUAACAACGCUUGAGCUUGAUAGCGUCGGAUAUGAUGGAUUUUUACCACCCCGAAUAGGAACACUUACUGCACUCACCACACUCGACCUUAGCGGUAACAGGUUCAGAGGGCCGGUUGAAGAAGCUGGAAAGGAUAAACCUGUCGGGAAACCAACUCUCCGGUCGGAUCCCUGCUCGGAUUUCCAAGCUACGAAGAUUGACUCACUUAAGCCUAUCCAACAACCAGUUCUCACAAAGAAUUCCCAACCUUUAUGCAUUAGAAAAUCUUCAGAUACUCGAGCUCGACUCGAACAUGUUGAUCGGAAGCUUGCCAGAGCUUCCUUCAGGGUUAACAACAUUGAGAUUGUCCACAACAAACUGACGGGGCACAUCACAUCAUUAGUUAACCUUGAGCAUCUAAUAUCCAUAGAUUUGAGUGACAACUGGUUUUCAGGACCCGUAAAUAGGGGAGUUCUUGCAUUACCUCGGUUGACAUACCUCAAUGUUUCCUUCAACAAGUUCACAAAAAUAGAGGUGAACAACUAUUUCGGAAGCGGAUCCCGGCUUCUAACGCUGGACGCGCAACGGAACCUCCUGCAAGGUCAUUUACCGGUUAAAUUGGUGAACUUCGAGAGAUUAGUAGUGAUUAAUCUGUCACACAAUCAGUUUACAGGUGAAAUCCCCAUGGGGUAUGGACAAAGAUUGGGGAGACCAUGGAGAACCCUGUUUUUAGAUCAUAACUAUCUAUCAGGUCUUGUUUCAGUAGAGUUUGGCAGCGCCGUCGUGAGGAUCAGAGGCAGUCUUGCAAAUAAUUGCCUGAGAUGCCCUUUAAGGAUCCCACUUUGCAGGGGGCGGCAGAGCGGAGAGAAACAAGGUGGUGUAUGGUUUAGCCAUUGGAGGAAGGUGAAAAUGGUAGUAUGGUGGCUGUCUGUGUCUCAGAUGAAUAUAAACUAUUUGAAAGGGAAAGAUGAUAGUGAAGAGAAGAAACCGACAGACGAUAAACUUUGCAGCUUGAUGCUGACAAAUAUGGAUUGGUGA